ACGUCUGCGCAUUCCGUAAGUCAAUACACGUGGUUAUCGAAAGUAUAGCUUUCAAUUCAGAGUAACAUUUACGUUACAGAUUUUUAAUUAUAGGGCUCAUUUGACCUACGUGUAAAUGUACGUGACGAGACACUUACGUCUACGAAUUACAAUUUUAUAAAUCUUCUGCGCAAAUAUACGCAACUUUGACUGCUCGAAGCAAUCACGAAAGCAUGUGACGUGUCGCUGUGACCAAAACACAAGACAGGUUGCGCUGUCACGUGCAGCCCUUUCACGAGAAAAAAACGUUGAUUAUUAGUUUAUCUUUUUUCGGUGUACGAUUUGUAGGCUCCUGUGAACAAUUACACGUUUCAUAGACACUUUCUAAUCAGACGCAGUGACGUGUAAUAGCAUGCCUUGCCAUAAUCAACAGGUUGCACGUGGCAGUAACUGUGAUCAACACUCAAUGAAGCAGGUGCGUUUUGCCAAUGGCGAUGGUUCGGACAGAGAGUCUUUGGAGGAAGAGAACAAAGCCGCAAUAAACGGCGACCUCCCGAUCCAGCUGAAGAUUUUACCCCUCACUGACCAAAUCCGUGAACUACAGACCAUAAUCAGGGACAAAACCACAAGUAGAGGCGACUUUGUGUUCAGUGCUGACAGACUGAUUAGACUUGCUGUCGAAGAAGGACUCAAUCAGCUGCCUUAUACUGAGUGCACAGUGACUACACCCACAGGCCAGAAGUAUGAAGGUGUCAAAUUUAAACGAGGCAACUGUGGCGUCAGUAUAAUGAGAAGUGGUGAAGCGAUGGAGCAAGGCCUAAGGGACUGCUGUCGAUCUAUACGCAUCGGCAAGAUUCUCAUACAGACUGAUGAGGAGACACUGAAAGCUAAAGUAUACUAUUCAAAGUUCCCACCGGAUAUUUACAGAAGAAAAAUCCUGCUCAUGUACCCUAUACUGAGUAGCGGGAACGCUGUCAUCGAAGCGGUACGAGUGCUGAUCGAUCACGGUGUCCAGCCUUUGCACAUCAUCCUCCUGAGCCUUUUUUCUACUCCUCACGGGGUUAAAUCAAUAGUUGAAGAGUUUCCAGAACUCACCAUCCUCACCACUGAAGUCCAUUCUGUAGCUCCAACUCACUUUGGACAGAAAUACUUUGGUACAGACUGAUUUUUCAUUUGGAGCCCACAAACUGCUUAAGUUCUGUCUGUUUCUCUCAGACUGGAAACGGUUUGCAUUAUAAUUGUUCGAAGUGCCUUAGUAUAGUAUGUUAGAAGUGCAGAGGAGGAUUAUUUAAUGCAGUGCUUCUGUAAGUAGGGUUGGUGAAGCAUAGCUAGAGGACUGUUUUUUUUUUUGUCCUAUUCACCAUUAUAGAAUUUUGACUGUUCAUUUUUAUUUGAAGGGUUUAUUCUAAAGCUUUAAUGGGCAGGAUGCACUGGAUUAAUGAAAUUCCAGUGAUUGCUGCAUAGCUACAGUAGUGUACAUCAUAAAUACAAAUAGGUGGCAGAAGAAAGGAAAGUGUUGUAGUAAAUUGUUGUUCCACAAUGAGUCUUCAGUGAGUCUUGAGCAUCCAUACUACAAAUGACUUGUUUAUGGCUAUCAAUGUGACACGUAAGCUGCUGCUCUGGUGCUUAACCUAACCAUUUCACUUUCAUAGUUCCACAAACUAAUGAGACAUGUUUCUGAAUGAGAAAUAAAUGCUUAUGUCAUUGCCCAA